AAUGUAAGAAGAAUUAUGCACGGAUGAAUUUAUGGAGUUACGGUAAAACAUUGCAUGAAGUUCUGCCGGAGAUUAAACGCGUCCAGGGCAUAAUUAAUGAUACUAAUUCAACUAAAUUAAUGAAUGCUAAAAGGAAAGUCUUAUAUGUGCUUAGAUAAUUUGUAGUCAAAAUUGUUUGCCGGUUGACAUCUGGUUUACUUUCCUCCAAAUUGAUUACAUCACAGCUGUCAAAUCAAGAGAAGAACGCAGAUUUAGGCGGACUGUAGUAAAGACUUCAUUACAUAAUAACACCCUUCUAGUAUAUGGGUACGCACUGUGUAUAGUUUUACAACCCCUCGUCCGAUCAAGGUCUACUGCGUUACAAAUAUAGUAACUGAUCUAUAUACUUAAAACAAUCACUAACGUAUCUUAUGCUUCAUGUUGCUUAUAGUCUCUGAUCAUAAUUAGCCGAUAAGUAUUAUAAUCUUUGGGAAUUGUGUUUGUGCAGAUAGUAAGAUGUUCUACAGUUUACAACCUCUUUAAUUGUGUCUACCUCGUUCUAGGCCUCUUUAUUUUCAACCAUCAUCAGCUAUGAGCAACGACGUUAUCCUGAUAAGUGCAGGAUAUGACAGGACGAUUAGAUCGUGGGAAGCCUGGUCUGGAUCUUGCUCACGAACAAUACACCACUCAGAUUCAGUCAAUAGACUAGCGAUAAGUCCUGAUAAACGUUUUCUGGCAGCAGCUGGUUAUUCCUCGGUCAAAUUAUAUGAUAUAAACAGCAAUGAUCCAAAUCCAAUUCAGUCAUUUAAUGGCCACACUAGUAACAUAACAGCCGUAGUAUUUCAAGCGGAAGGAAAAUGGAUAGCUACUGGUAGCGAGGACGGUACAGUUAAAAUAUGGGAUACUAGAACGUCACACGUGCAGCGAGCAUUUGAGCAUCCAUCGCCUGUCAACGACGUCGUUAUACAUCCCAAUCAGGGUGAAAUAGUCUCUUGUGAUCAAGCAGGAAGUGUAAAAGUCUGGGAUUUGGGUGAAAACACGUGCAGUCAUGAACUUGUACCGGAGGAAGAUGUACCAAUACGAUCGGUCACCAUUGCUUCAGACGGUAGUUCACUAGUUGCUGGAAACAACAAAGGAAAUUGCUUCGUAUGGAAAAUACGCGCCGAUCAGGAAUAUGAUGCUUCCGAAUUCACACCAAUUACCAAAUUACCUGCUCACAGUAGGUAUAUUACGAAAUGUAUACUCUCACCUGAUACCAAACAUCUCGCUACUUGCUCGGCUGACACUACCAUAAAAAUAUGGUCAACUCAUAAUUAUGACUUUAGACUAGAGAAAGUGCUCACUGGUCAUCAACGAUGGGUUUGGGAUGCUGCAUUUUCAGCUGACUCUGCUUACCUUGUCUCUGCAUCCUCAGAUCACUCUGCCAGAUUAUGGGAACUCGCUAGUGGUGACACAGUGAGACAAUAUAACGGACAUCAUAAGGCAGCAACAGCAAUAGCAUUGAACGACGUGAACCUCGCUUUAUAACUUCUGUAAUUUUAGAAUACACAAAAACUUAGAACAAAACAAUUGACAUCCG